AUGGCGACCCUGAGGAACCUGAAGAUCAAGACGUCCACGUGCAAGAGGAUCGUCAAGGAGCUGCGCUCCUACGAGAAGGAGGUGGAGAAGGAGGCCGCCAAGACCGCCGACAUGAAGGAGAAGGGCGCCGACCCCUAUGAUCUCAAGCAGCAGGAAAAUGUUUUAGCUGAGUCGAGGAUGAUGGUCCCAGACUGCCAUAAGCGACUUGAAGCUGCACUGACAGACUUGAAAGCAACUCUGGCGGAGUUGAAGGAGUCAAAUGAACAAGGCACUGAGAUCGGUGAGGCUGAGGCUACAAUCACUGAAGUUGAAGCUGUCUACACGCCAACAGAAGCUGAAGAUUAA